UCAUAUUCUUCUUCUUCUUCCUACUCAAUUCUCUCUUCAUUCCCAAUCCUUACAUCUCUCAUCCAUGGCUUCAAUCACCCACUGCAGCAAUUUCAUAUGCAAACCCUCAAUCCCUCCUUCAAUCACAACCCUCCCUAAGUUCCUUUCCCUUCAUUCCCUUCGUUCUUCUCUACCAAUUUUCCACCCUCCAUCGCUACUCUCUCCCAUCAAGUCUCGUGUUGUCAUCACAAAAGCCACAGCAGCUCCAGGUGCAAAGAAAAAAGAUGAACGAGUUCAAAAAGUCCACAGCAUAGAAGAAUUCGACCAAGCACUUGUAUCAGCAAAAGACAAACUCGUAGUAGUCGAAUACGCCACCAAAGAAAAUCCAGAAAGCACCGAGAUAUACCCUUUCUUAGUCGACCUCAGUCGAACCUGCAACGACGUUGAAUUCAUCUUCGUCAUGGGAGACGAAUCAGAGAAAACAAAAGAACUCUGCAAAAGAGAAAAAGUAGAUAAAGUACCUCACUUCACUUUCUACAAAAGCAAAGUAAAAAUCCACGAAGAAGAAGCUAUUGGUCCUGAUAUGCUCGUUGGAGAUGUGUUAUACUACGGUGACAACCAUUCAGCUGUGGUGCAACUUCAUAACAGAGAAGAUGUUGAGAAACUUAUUGAAGAUCAUAAGGUUGAUCAUAAGCUUAUCGUACUUGAUGUUGGAUUGAAACAUUGUGGUCCUUGUGUUAAGGUUUAUCCGACAGUGAUAAAGCUGUCGAGACAAAUGAUUGAUACGGUUGUUUUUGCGAGGAUGAAUGGGGAUGAGAAUGAAAGCUGUAUGCAGUUUUUGGGAGACAUGAAAGUGAUUCAAGUUCCUACGUUUUUGUUCAUAAGAGAUGGGAAGAUUUGUGGAAGGUAUGUUGGUUCAGGGAAAGGAGAGCUUAUUGGUGAAAUUCUUAGGUACCAAGGGGUGCGUGUUACUUAUUAAGUCUUUCAUUAUUGUGUUUAGAUAAUUGGUGAGAUAGGAAUAUAUAGUUAAGGAUUGUCUCUCACUGGUUUCUUUUUUCGAAAGAUGUAUCCUUAAUUGUAUUGUAUCCUUAUGUAUCUUUUUUAUUGGUAAUAUAUUUUGUUUGAUAACAAAACUAAUUAAAUUGUUGCAAAUAGCAUUGAUUGUUUGGGAUUAA